AUGGAAUCAAGCUCAAAGCGCCGGAAGACUGACCACGGUAGCAUCGGGUUGCGCCAUGCCGGACUUAUUGACUUUGAAUCCCGAAACACAGCCCGAGUCACAGCUGCAAGCACCUUUGUUCUGCAGACAGAUGAGCUUCUCAAGGAGGCCAAGCCCAACUAUAAGAAGGCACUCCAUGGCGUUGAUGGCCAAUUGCACCGGCUAAAAGGCAUAAUCGAUGGAAUUGAGCCCCAUGAUCCCAAGCCAAUCACAGAGGCCACCAUCAAGUUCGAAAAAGAGCAUCGCAUCGUCAUUCCAUACCCCGACUCAAAGCCCGCAAAAGACGCCCCAUACAAAGUCUCUUACUCGCCGCCGUCACAGUGCAAUGUCGUGGGAAGCUACGUUUCUCGGACAAUGAUCAAGACGCAGUCCGAGUUUGGCAUUGAUAUGGUCGUCCAGAUGCCGGCGUCACUCUUCCAAGAAAAGGACUACACGAACAUGCGAUACUUUUACCGUCGAGCCUACUACAUUGCGUACAUUGCCGCGCGCGUGCGAAAGGAAUUUGCGCAAGAACUGGACCUGAGCUUCGAGAGCUUGAACGAAAACCCUCUAUUGCCGAUUGUUGUCCUCCGACCAAAAGCUUCGAGCGAUGGAAGCGAAGAGCGAGAAGCGAAGAAGAAGUCCAAGAAGGCAUCUUAUAGCAUCAAACUUAUUCCUUGUGCUCCCGAUGACCUGUUCCCCUGGUCCAAGGUGACGCCAAAGUCGAACAAUAACCGACUGGGCGAGGCAGAUGAAAAGAAGGAAGCACAGGCGGCAACGCCUUUUUACAAUUCCACCUUGAACGCCGAGAGAACUUUCAUUCCAUACUUACGGCUCCUUACUCACAUGAGAAAGGAGUGUCCUGCUUUUGCCGAUGCUUGUGUUCUCGGCCGGACGUGGCUUCAACAGCGCGGCUUCGGCAGCGCCAUCUCUCAGGGGGGAUUCGGACAUUUUGAGUGGGCGACAAUGAUUGCUUUGCUCCUACAAAUGGGUGGUAGAAAUGGGCAAGCAGCUUUAUCAACCUCCCUCAGCAGCACAGAGCUUUUCAAGGCAGCCCUUCACUUUUUGUCGACUACCGACCUCAGCAAGAAACCGUAUACUUUUGCCUCUUCUACUGUUUCUGCAGAUGCCGUUCGAGAGCCUGGUCCUGUCAUGUUUGACCCGACCAGACAACUCAACCUCUUGUUCAAAAUGACGCCUUGGUCAGCCAGCAUGCUGCAAAGUUACGCAAAGUCUACUACGGAACUUCUCGCCGAUGCGAUGGCCGAUAAAUUCGACCCAACAUUUAUUAUCAAAGCCGAUAUUCCCUUUCAGACAUUCGAUGUUGUUUUUGAGAUCCAGAGCUCUAGUAUUGGCAAAUUCUCCGAAUCUGCAGACCGCAGGAGUGCCAUGACGAACUUUUGUCUAGAAGCGCACAAGCACCUCAAACGAGCGUAUGGCAACCGAGCACAGCUUGUGCAAUUCCAGCUGCCACCCAGAGGACAUUGGUCGCUAGCCAAGCACCCAGUCAAGGACGCCACGCGCGCUCUCAUGGGCGUUGUUUUUGACCCUGUUCACAUGUCGAGACAGAUGGAAUUCGGCCCACCUGCCGAGGAGCAGAAAGAAGCUGCGAGGUUUCGACAGUUUUGGGGCGACAAGGCUGAAUUGCGACGAUUCAAGGAUGGUAGUAUUCUCGAGUGUAUCGAGUGGUCCAGCAAGCUUCCGCUGCAAAUUUGCGAGGAGAUUACACAUUACACCCUACAGCGUCACUUGAAGAUCACCAAAGACCAAGUUACAACCGUAGGAGGAGCCUUUUCUUCCAUUAUCAACCUAUCUCAUCUUGAUAAAUCUGCUUUCGAUUUAGCCCGACAGGCAUUCCAAAACUUCGAGAGAGACAUUCGCAACCUGGAGGAACUGCCCUUGCAGAUCAAACAGCUUUCACCUACUUCGUCUUCAGCGCGCUACGCAUCCAUUGAACCACCGUUGAUGGGAUAUCAUAAAGGAUCGAUCGAGCUUAUGGACGUCAACUUGUACUUUGAAGCGUCAAGCAAAUGGCCCGAGAACCUUACCGCUAUACAAGAAGCAAAGGUCGAAUUCCUAAUCGAUAUUGAUAGACGACUCACAAAGGCAAACGAGAAAACCACCACAUAUCUGGGUCGCGAGAACAAAGAACUUGGUAUUGAAAGCUUGGCCUAUCUCGACAUCAUAUAUGAGAACGGAGCCGCAUUCCGUCUAAGGAUACACUGCGAUCUGGAAGAGAAGCUCCUUGAGCGACAAGUCAAAAACAAGACUCUUGAGCCCCGCAUUCGCGAGGAAGCCGAAGAAGCCUUUGAAAAGCUCAACUGGCUGUACAAUGCUCUUCCGCUCCACACUCAGACCAUUGCAACUUUCUGCACCCGUUUCCCUCCUCUCUCGCCAACCAUCCGACUAGUCAAGCAUUGGUUCAAUAGCCACAAGCUGACUGGCCAUAUCCGCGAAGAGCUCGUUGAGCUGUUCGUUCUUCACGCAUUCCUCCAGCCAUACCCCUGGAGGCAGCCCACUUCCGUCAUCACGGGUCUGCUGCGAACACUAUUCUUUCUUUCCAAAUGGGAUUGGCGUGACGAGGCCUUGAUUGUCGACACGGCGGAAGAUCUUUCCGAAGACGAUCGAUCCUCCGUUCGCCAUGACCUUCAAACCUGGAGAAAACGAGAUCCCAACAUGAACGACAAGGUCCUAUUUGUGGCCACAUCCAACGAUCGAUCUGGCCUUGCAUACACUCGCAACGGACCAUCAAAACUGGUUGCCUCCCGCAUGACACAUCUCGCCAAAGCAGCCUGCAAGCUCGUCCGAGAAAAGGGCAUCCACCUCGACCCAUCUCUUCUGUUCGAGACCUCCCUCCAAGACUACGACGUCCUCUUCCACCUCUCCUCCAAGGCCAUCAAAAACAUUAUCCGCGAAACAGCCGUCGAGUCCAGCGGACGGAAGCACUCCCAAUUCAAAAACCUCGACGCUCUCACCGCAUCCGUCCCGCUCCCCAUCAGGGCACACCCGACAGACGUCUUCAUGGAGGAGCUGGAGCGCGUGUAUGAAGACUCGCUGCUGUUCUUCCGGGGCGGCGCGGAUGACGCCGUGGUGGCGGCUCUUUGGAACCCUCGACUGCAGAAGCAAAAGUUUAGAGCGGGCUUGCCAUACAACUUCCACUCUGUCGGAGGUGACGGUGAUCAAGUUGAGGUGAACCGCAAGGCAGUCCUGCUAGAGAUUGCAAGAGCUGGAGGGGAUAUGAUCAAAAAGAUUGAGGUGGCUGAGGAGGAAGAGUAAUUCUUGAAUCUAUACUUGUAUAUAGAUCACAUUUUGGAUAUAGCACUUUGUACAUUUAAAGAAGAAAAGGUCCAGCUUAGACAGCGCACUACAUUAGUUAAACCUAUUACAAGUCUUCUCCAGCAUAAGAGAAGCAUUACUCCAGAGAACACAACACAAAACACUUGGUUCAAGAACAAAACAACUAUAAACUUUCCAGUGCAUAACCUGGUUUCUUCCUUACUCAAAAACGCCAUGCCAUGGUAUAAGUGCAUAUGUACAUAAAUUUAUCCCAUUCCCUACAAUCCAGUCUCUUCCCCCCUUUAACCGUUCAAUGUCUUACAAGAUUAUUUCUCUCUUUUCUCUCUCCCCUAUUGCUUCAUUCCAUAUCUUUGAUUUGUCGUAGCACGUAUAUCUUUUUUUCUUCUUCUCCUUCUUCUCUCUCCCCAGUCUAUGAUAACUUCACCUGCCCUUUACCGCGGCUUCUUGUGAUCCACCUGUUGCGUUGAGAAGGAGCAGAACUUGUCCUUGAUUGCAACAACUUCAUACGUACCCUCCUGGCUAGCCUUGACAACCUUGCUGUGUUCAUACGAGAUGUCAUGUCUAGUCUCGAGGAUGACGCUUCGCUGUCCCUUCUUGGCAUUGCUGCUUCGUGUAUAGGUGAAUUCGAACGGAGGAGAGCCCCAGAAUUCGAAGAGAAUAUCCACCUCGUUUCCUUCAUGGAUAUCUACCCGAGACAUCUUACCACGGCUAAUCUGCACGCUAGGUAGCGGGUGGAUAGUUACAGGAAGAUUCACAGAAGCGCGACAUUCGCUGGCCUUGUCAGAGAUGCUGGUAAUAGUAAACUCGCCAGGCUUCUCGGCAAUACGCCUAAAGCUAGUCGUAUGCGAUUUUGCGUUCCAUUGGCCAUUAAAGUCGUAAGCAAUGUCAAAUGGCGGCGUACCAGACAAGGUGUACGCGAUACGCUCGCCGAUGCAGUAAUCUUUGCGUGAUUCCAAUGGAUAUAUUGAGGGGGCAUCGUACAGCUGAAUUUGUAUAGAUGGCCCACCAACAUCAUAUUUCCUCUGACAGCCUCGCGCAUCUCGGACAGUACGAAGGAGCAACUGCUGGUUGCCUAGACGAAGAUGC